GUGGUCACUUGUAUUAUCAUUUCUUCAAUUCUUCACGUCAGCUGUUCGCUUUUCGCUUGCUAAGUGUUUUGUUACCAAUAUAAUGCAGUUUAAUGUAAUUCCAACCCAAUUUCCAAUCAUUAUAUGCGUCCAUUAGUAAAAAUAUUUUAAAGUGUUUUGAUGAUACAGUGGCAGCGUUAAUAGAUUGCAGAAAUGGGGAUAUUCCUUGUCAAUUGUUUACUCGUUUCUCUAACCUGUUUCAACUACAUUCAAACAGCAGAGAUUGCGGACGGGUAUGACUUUAAAGUAUUAAGAAGAACGUCAGGUAGUCGUGACUUUGAUUUGCUGAUUUUUACUCAACAAUGGCCCGCCACAGCUUGCAAAGAAUGGAAGAAGCGAGACCAUACCCACACGUGUACUAUGCCUCCUAAAGUGGACUCUUGGUCUAUACACGGCAUCUGGCCGACGAAAUUAGGUCAAAUGGGUCCUGCUUUUUGCAAUAGGACCUGGCUUUUUGACCCUGAACAAGUGAGACCAAUAGAGGACCAACUUGAAAAAGUGUGGGUUAACAUUUUUGCAGGUACAUCACUAUAUUCACUGUGGGCUCACGAAUGGACCAAACAUGGCACCUGUGCUGCAGUCUUAGAUGCAUUCAAUUCCGAGCUCAAAUACUUCUCCAAGGGCUUAGACUGGUUAGGUCAAUACUCAAUGUCUGAAAUUCUACAAUCGAAAAAUAUCGUGCCUUCAAAUACACAACAAUAUUCAGUUGUAGAUAUCAAUAACGCUAUUAAAGAGAAACUUGGAGUAGAUCCAGUGAUAGAAUGUAAGAAAGAGGAUGGGGAAAGUUAUAUAUCAGAGAUAAGAAUAUGUUUCACUAAGAAUUUGAAACCUACAGACUGCGACGGUGUUGUAACAGGUAUGGAUGUUGAUGGGCAAACCAUAUUGACAAACUGUGAUAUGUCAGAGAAUAUUACCUACCCUCACUACGGGAGUAGUAAUAAUUUGACCAUUCAGUUGUAUAGGUUUAUGUCCUGGUUGCAGUGGUUCACUUUAUAAUUGCUUGUAUUGUUAUUGUAUAAAGAUAUGCUUAUGUAUUGUAUAUAAUUAUUAUUAAUUAUGUAUGUAAUAUAUUGCUUUGUAUAUGUAUGAUCUAGCACAAAACUUUGACAGUUACAAUGGCAGUGUUAUACAGGAACUAUGUUGUAGCGGUGUUGUGUAAGUGGGCUACGACCUUUAAGCUAGCUAUCGUCGCUGCACGUGGAAAAUCACUUUUGAAAAUAAUAGACUCAGCUAAAAAUGUUAUCUCUUUAACACGUCAUGUUAAAAAACGGGGUUUGCAUGCACACGCGCCAUUUAAACAAAAUGGUACAAAACCAUUAAAAAAUCCAAUGUGCCCACUGCCAGUCAUCAUCUAUGCAUAAUAUUUUAAUGCAUAAUAAAUUGUUUAAAUGCAUAAUACUUUAUGGUGCAUUUAAAAAAAUAGUUACAGGCACUGUAACACAUAUUUUUAUGAAACUAUGUAAAUAUUUUUGAUUAUUUUUCUUUAGUGCACAGCUUUAUAGUAAUAUUUUAGCACAAAGUACUUACACAGUAAAUUAUAUGCUUACACUAUACAAAAGUGCCUACGCCUACAAAUUCCAUGUAUUACAUAUUGUAAGAAAUGAACUGUUUUGUUAAUUUUAUUAAAACUGUUUUCAUACAAUAAACUAAGUAUUUAUUAA